AUGAAAAAGUUCUAUUUAAAGACCGAUGACCCCAUAACAUAUCACAACAGAGAAGACAUGAAUUUCAGCGGGUCUUCUACCAGCGACACGAUCUCCGUUGAAUGCGAAAUCUACGAAUAUCUGGGUGGAAGACUUGAUCGUACCGCUACAUGGGCGUAUGUGCUGCUUAUCUUCAUAACAGUCGUCAACAUAACAACAUGUCCAUUCAUCAUUAUUUUGAACGUGCUGGUGAUGAUUGCUGUGAAGACCAAAGCCCGACUGAAAACUAACUCCAAUAUCACACUGUGCUGUUUAGCGUUCAUUGAUAUGCUAGUGGGAAUAAUCGCCCAACCUGUUUUUGCCGCGGUCACGAUAUUAACCAUGCAAGGUGAGACAUCGAACAAACACUGCACGCUGCAACGAUUAUCGAGAAUUGUGGUUAAGUCAUUAUGUGGAGCUUCAUUCUGUCAACUUGCCCUGAUUAGCGUGGAAAGGUAUUUGGCCAUUAAACACUCGUUCACUUACACAAGCCAUGUUACUAAAGCUCGUAUACUCGGCUUGUCUGCUGUGACUUGGAUAAGCAUAAUGGUGCAGGCAUGUAUACCCUUUCUCAUAACGGACGAGAACAUUUUGUUGACGGUGAGUUAUUUUCGCUUUCCCUUUCUUAUGGCCAUCAUAGUCUUCUGCCACAUUGCGGUUUACAGGGAAAUUCGCCGCCACGAGAAGCAAAUCGCAGCCCAUCAAAUAUCAGAAGAAGCCAGGGAAAAAUUCUUGAAGGAGGGAAAAGCUUUAAAGUUAACAACUACUGUACUUUUUAUUCUGCUAUUGUGCUAUCUGCCAUCAAUUAUUGUUCGAAUACUACUUCAGACUUCUACCAUAAAUCGUGUAAAGACAGCUCAUAUUGCUUUUUUCACGACAAGCUUUGUAGCAAUUCUCAAUUCGUUGAUAAAUCCUGUUAUUUACUGCGUUAGGAUAAAGCACUUUCGAAUUGCGUUCGUUGAAAUAUUACUCAGAAAAAACUACACACAGGCUGAACGGUUCCGAUUGCGAGUCUUCGAAAGAUCGACGAACAUUGUGGUACCGCUUGAAGCAACACAGGAAGGGGAAGAACCACCAAACAAUGAGCAAGAAAAUGCGAACGAUAACAUUAUUCACGGAAGCAACAUAAUGGCAUCAAUAGCAACAUCAUGA